AUGUCUAACCAAAUAUAUUCAGCGAAAUAUUCGGGGGUUGAUGUUUACGAAUUUAUUCAUUCGACAGGAUCCAUUAUGAAAAGAAAAAAGGAUGACUGGGUCAAUGCUACGCACAUAUUAAAGGCUGCCAAUUUUGCAAAAGCCAAAAGAACUAGAAUUCUGGAGAAAGAAGUGCUUAAGGAAACCCAUGAAAAAGUUCAAGGCGGGUUUGGUAAAUACCAGGGUACAUGGGUCCCACUUAACAUAGCCAAACAACUGGCAGAAAAAUUUAGUGUAUACGAUCAAUUGAAACCGUUGUUUGAUUUCACACAGACAGACGGGUCUGCGUCUCCACCUCCGGCUCCAAAACACCACCAUGCUUCGAAGGUAGACAGGAAAAAGGCUAUUAGAAGUGCGAGUACUUCUGCGAUUAUGGAAACCAAAAGAAACAGCAAGAAAAGUGAAGAAAAUCAAUUUCCAAACAGUAAAAUAUUGGGAAAUCCUGCAACCGCACCAAGAAAAAGAGGUCGGCCGGUUGGAUCUACAAGAGGAGGCAGAAGGAAGUUAGGGGUCAAUUUACAACGUUCUCAAAGUGAUAUGGGUUUUCCCAGACCAGCAAUACCGAAUUCUUCAAUUUCAACAAUGCAACUUCCUUCUAUAAGACCCUCCGUGGGACCACAAUCCCCAACAUUAAGUAUUCUGGAAGAAGAAAGACAUGACUCUCGACAGCAGCAGCAGCAACAGCAACAGCAACAGCAACAGCAACAGCAACAGCAACAACAAAAUAAUUCAACCCAAUUUAAAGAAAUUGAUCUCGAAGACGGGCUGUCCAGCGAUGUAGAACCUUCACAACAAUUACAACAGAGUUUUAAUCAAGGUGCUGGAUUUGCACCCCAACAACAAUCUUCCCUGAUACAAACACAGCAAGCAGAAUCAAUGGUUACGUCCGUAUCUUCGUCCCCUUCACUGCCCACAUCGCCGGGUGAUUUUACCGAUAGUAAUCCGUUUGGAGAACGGUUUCCUGGCGGUGGCACAUCUCCUAUAAUUUCUAUGAUUCCACGUUAUCCUGUAACUUCAAGGCCUCAGACAUCAGAUAUCAAUGACAAAGUCAAUAAAUACCUUUCAAAAUUAGUAGAUUAUUUUAUUUCAAAUGAAAUGAAGUCAAACAAGUCUCUACCGCAAGUAUUAUUGCAUCCACCUCCCCAUAGCGCUCCCUAUAUUGAUGCCCCCAUCGAUCCUGAAUUGCAUACUGCAUUCCAUUGGGCGUGUUCGAUGGGGAACUUACCCAUUGCUGAGGCAUUGUACGAAGCUGGAACAAGUAUUAGAUCAACGAAUUCUGAAGGCCAAACUCCGUUGAUGAGAAGUUCAUUAUUCCAUAAUUCAUACACUAGAAGAACUUUUCCUAGAAUUUUCCUAUUAUUACACGAAACAGUAUUCGAUGUAGAUUCUCAUUCCCAAACGGUAAUCCAUCAUAUUGUAAAAAGAAAAUCAACAACGCCUUCUGCGGUUUAUUAUCUUGAUGUUGUGCUAUCUAAAAUUAAGGAUUUUUCUCCACAAUAUAGAAUUGAGUUAUUGUUAAACACACAGGAUAAAAAUGGCGAUACCGCACUGCAUAUAGCCUCUAAAAAUGGAGACAUUGUUUUUUUUAACACGUUAGUUAAGAUGGGUGCAUUAACUACAAUAUCCAAUAAAGAAGGAUUAACUGCUAAUGAAAUAAUGAAUCGACAAUACGAGCAAAUGAUGAUGCAGAAUAGCACAAAUCCACAUUCUAAUUCUUUCAACACAGAUUUGAACAUUCAUGUCAAUACGAACAAUACGGAUGUGAAAAAUGACGUUAAUUCAAUGGUAAUCAUGUCGCCUGUUUCCCCUUCGGAUUAUAUGACGUAUCCAUCUCAAAUCGCCACCAAUAUAUCAAGAAACAUUCCUAAUGUAGUGAAUUCUAUGAAACAAAUGGCCAGCAUAUACAAUGAUCUUCACGAACAACAUGACAAUGAAUUGAAAAAUCUGCAAAAAACUUUGAAAAGUAUUUUAAAAACAAAAACUCAAAUAAACUUGAAGACGCUGGAAAUACUAAGAGAGAGCAGGAAAGAAGAAAAUGAUAAGGCUCAAGAUAAUGAGAACUUUGAGAUUUUAUCUCGUCUACAAGAGCAAAAUGUCGAGACGUCGAGAAAAAGGCUUAUACGUUAUAAAAGAUUGAUUAAACAAAAGCUUGAAUACAGACAAACAAUCCUGUUGGACAAAUUAAUAGCAGAUGGUUCUCAGGCCACUACGGAUAACACAGAUGACAGCGAUAAUAACACAUUAGAAAGAUUAAAGCUAGCCCAAGAAUUAACAGUGUUACAAUUUCAAAGAAGAGAACAAUUGAGUACUUUAGUGAAAAAAAUUGAAGACAAUACCAAGAUUCAUAAGUAUAGACGAAUUAUAAGGGAAGGGACGGAAAUGAAUAUUGAAGAAGUGGACGGUUCAUUGGAUGUAAUACUACAGACAUUGAUAGCAAAUAAUAAUAAAAAUAGGGGCACUGAUCAGACUGUCAUGAUCUCAAACGCGAACAAUCAUGCAUAA